GCACCACUGACACACGGCACGCAGGGCACGGCACGCUGCUGCUGCCGCCACCACCACCACUCAUGUGCACGGGGCAUCAACCCAGAGAUCACGACUGUGCUGUAGCGCUGCGUGUCCGUUCGCGGAGGUGGUGGUGGGGGUGGGGGGGGGAACAAUUACGGCUAAUUACCGGGCAAAACGAACGCGAUAGCACGACCAUCAACACUCAAGUAUCGAGGUUCAUCUUCGCGUGAUAGUACACCCCCGUCAGUUGCGCGUUGCGCUCAUUGCUCGCGCUGAUACAAGCGGACAGAAUGAGGCGCGGAUGAGGGUAGAGCGAGCGGUCGGCGGCGAGUUUUAAGGUUGGGCUGCUGCGAUUCAUGAGCGAGCGUGCGUGGCUGGCGGCGGUGGUGGGGAGGAGGAGGAGGAGGAUCGCCGCUGUCGCCGGGAGAGAGAUCGCAUCGCGCGUUCGGGGAGAGAGCUGGGAUCAGGGCUCAGCCGAGCAGGGGUCUCCGUCGAUUCGCCGCUCAACGCGGGACAAAGGAAUCUCAACGUCUUGCUGCCCCGGGCGAGAGACACCAACCCAACCGGCCGCUUGAACCACCACCCCCCACCACUCCACCCUCGCGGUCUCCCUACCCCCACCCCUUCCUCCCCGCACCCCACGCCGUGCCCUCGGGGGUGCGCCCCUAAACCGAUGAGGAAUGACCCUCGUGCUGCCCGUGAGCGGGGUCGGGGGACUGCCUGCAGAGCCGGCCCCAGCCUGGGAGGCCCCCUCGGAGUUCGGACAGCAGCCGUGCGAGCGAACGCACCCCGACGGCCACACUCCCGAGUCGGCGUGCGGCGAGCGCGUGGCCGUGCCGGCUCAAGGCGCCACCGAGAUCCCGACUCUCAAGCGGAAGCACCGAGACUGUGCCCACCACGAGGGACACAUGCCAAGCUGGCUGCAUGGGGGCCUGUGCGUACCUGAGGAGCGCCUGCGCCUGCACAACCUCUCCAUGCGCAAGCUGCAGCUGCUGGAUGACCCGGAGGCGCUGCUCCGCCGCUCCGUUCUCAUCAACAACCUCGUGAGGCGCCUCCGCCUGGGCGCUGCCGCGGCCGCCGCGGCCGCCGCUGCCGCCUCCUCCUCCUCCUCCUGCUUCCCGCCUCCCUCGCCGGCCCAGGGCUGGCCGGCACCCGCCGCAGGUCCCUUUGCCGGCGGCUGGGAGUCGGCCUGCCUGGGGCCCUGGGGGCCCGGUCCCUGGACGUCGCAGGUCCCCGCGGCCCACUACCACUACCCCGAGACCCCGGGGGGUCUGGCCGUGUCGAGCAAGAGGCCCCGGGUGGAGGACGAGCCGGACGGCGCGGUUGGCAGCGGCGACGGGGAGGAAGAUGCGGAAGAGGAUGAGGAAGAGGAGGUAGAAGAAGAGGAAGAAGAUGAGGAGGAUGAGGAGGAAGAGGAGGAUGAGGAGGAGGAGGAUGAGGAGGAGGAGGGUGGGGAAGGCGGUAUCAUUUCGACAUCCCGAGCGCAGCACCACCAACAACACCCACACAAUCAACAUCAUCAACCUCAUCAACCUCAUCACCAUCCUCCGCACAUGCGCUUUUACCCAGUGCUCAAUGCGUGCGGCGGCGGAGGAGGUGGAGGCGGACACUGCCCGGCUGCCAAUCAGAACCACUACCAUUACCACCACCACCAUCACCACCACCAUCACCACCACCAUUACCAGCAGCAGCAGCAGCAGCAGCAAGGGCGAGGCAGCCUCGCGGACACGGCGCUGGAGAGCGGAGCGGGAGAUUACAACGGCGCGAGUGGCAUUCCCGUGACGAAUCACAGCUACGGGACGUGCGCCCCCUACACGGGGUGCGGAUUCCCACUCAUGUCCACACAGCAGCAGCAGCAGCAGCAUCAUCAUCAGCAACAUCAUCAUCAGCAGCAGCAUCAUCAUCAGCAGCAUCACCAGCAGCAACAGCAUCAUCAUCAUCAGCAGCAGCAGCAGCUGCCGCAACAGCAGGACGAACUUCGACUACAGGGUUUAGAGCAUCAGUCCCGAGAUAACCAUCCGCAUCAUCAUCACCACCACCAUCCGGAUCAUCAUCAGCAGCAGCAGCAGAAUAACAAUAAUCAUCACCAGCACCACCAUCAUCAAGAUGUCCGCAGGCACCUCCGCGCUUACACACAGCCGUCGACGCGGUGCGCUCAGGAACAGCACGGCGAUGUGUGGCGCCGCGAUUGCGUCCGCGACUGCUCCCGCGACGGGCAGGCGGCGGCGGCGGCGGCGGCGGCGGCGGAGGAGGAGGAGGAGGAGGAGCCGCGCCGCUCGCCGGCGCAAGCUCCCGGCUGCGGUGCGCUCGCAGCCGAAGCCGCCGACCCGCGCCAGUGACGUGCGGGGCGAUGGUCACGGAACGACGUCCGCGGUUCGUCGGCCCUCUCGCGCGCGCUGUGCGCGGCACUGCGAGCCGAGGUAGCGGAUCGCGAGUUUGACUCCCGGCCCCGUGGCUGCGGCGUCAUCGUCGCUUCACGUCGUCGAGGGAUGAGCGGCGGCGGCGGCGGCGGCGGCGCAGCGGGGUUUCUUGCGCACUGCGCUGCUGCGAACACAGUGACCGGAGACUGAUUGCGGGUCACAGGGUGACGUCGGUGGCGGGCGAUACCUGCACUGGUUACGCGCAGCACCACCCCUGCACUGACCGGCGUGGUGAAGUAUGGUCAAAUAACCCCCAUGACCGACGUGGCGUGGGGAGGCCUUCGUCCAGCAGUGGAUUGACAAAAGGGCUCUUAAUCAGUACGUGUUUUCUAUCUUACACAGGUGACGCAUCACCAGCAAUGGUUAAGGGAUCAUGUUAGUUGGCGGUCCUAAGCAUAGCAGGCGGGUAAUUCCACAUUCCCAUGGCGGGACUCGGUCUCUCCGUGAGACGACCACCGUUUACAUCCUGCAAAGUGGUACUCAUUUUAUCAACCCCUACGGAAUGAUAGGCUGAGUCGACCCCUCGACUGGUCAAUUGAAGUGGCAACUUUCUGAAUGCUGUGUCCAAACUGCAUUUCCAGACCAAAUCCAUUUACAUAUUGCAUACGUGUACAUACUGUAUAGACACAUCAGUAUAGAAACAUCAUUAUAGACACAUCAGUAUAGAAACAUCAGUAUAGACACAUCAGUAUAGAAACAUCAGUAUAGACACAUUACUUUCGGGACAUCAGUAUAGGCACAUCAAUAUAGACACAUCAGUAUAGAAACAUCAGUACAGACACAUCAGUAUAGACACAUCAAUAUAGACACAUCAGCAUAGGCACAUCAGUAUAGACACAUCAGUAUAGAAACAUCAAUAUAGAAACAUCAGUAUAGACACAUCAGUAUAGGCACAUCAGUAUAGAAACAUCAGUAUAGACACAUCAGUAUAGAAACAUCAGUAUAGAAACAUCAGUAUAGACGCAUCAGUAUAGACACAUCAGUAUAGGCACAUCAAUAUAGAAACAUCAGUAUAGACACAUCAGUUUCGACACAUCAGUAUAGACACAUCAAUAUGGAAACAUCAGUAUAGACACAUCAGUAUAGACACAUCAGUAUAGGCACAUCAAUAUAGAAACAUCAGUAUAGACACAUCAGUAUAGACACAUCAGUAUAGACACAUCAGCAUAGGCACAUCAGUAUAGACACAUCAGUAUAGACACAUCAGUAUAGACACAUCAGUAUAGAAACAUCAGUAUAGGCACAUCAGUAUAGAAACAUCAGUAUAGACACAUCAGCAUAGAAACAUCAGUAUAGGCACAUCAAUAUAGACACAUCAGCAUAGAAACAUCAGUAUAGGCACAUCAAUGUAGACACAUCAGUAUAGACACAUGAGUAUAGACACAUCAAUAUAGACACAUCAGUAUAGACACAUCAGUAUAGGCACAUCAAUAUAGACACAUCAGCAUAGAAACAUCAGUAUAGGCACAUCAAUAUAGAAACAUCAGUAUAGACACAUCAGUAUAGGCACAUCAGUAUAGACACAUCAGUAUAGGCACAUCAGUAUGGACACAUCAGUAUAGGCACAUCAGUAUAUGCACAUCAGUAUAGACACAUCAGUAUAGCCACAUCAAUAUAGAAACAUCAGUAUAGGCACAUCAGUAUAGGCACAUCAGUAUGGACACAUCAGUAUAGGCACAUCAGUAUAGGCACAUCAGUAUAGACACAUCAGUAUAGGCACAUCAGAAUAGACACAUCAGUAUAGGCACAUCAGUAUAGGCACAUCAGUAUAGAAACAUCAGUAUAGGCACAUCAGUAUAGAAACAUCAGUAUAGGCACAUCAGUAUAGACACAUCAGUAUAGGCACAUCAGUAUAGACACAUCAGUAUAGGCACAUCAGUAUAGAAACAUCAGUAUAGGCACAUCAGUAUAGACACAUCAGUAUAGGCACAUCAGUAUAGAAACAUCAGUAUAGGCACAUCAGUAUAGAAACAUCAGUGUAGGCACAUCAAUAUAGGCACAUCAGUAUAGGCACAUCAGUAUAGGCACAUCAGUAUAGACACAUCAGUAUAGGCACAUCAGUAUAGACACAUCAGUAUAGGCACAUCAAUAUAGGCACAUCAAUAUAGAAACAUCAGUAUAGGCACAUCAAUAUAGGCACAUCAGUAUAGACACAUUACUAUAGAAACAUCACUAUAGACAUCACUAUAGACAUCACUAUAGACACAUCACUAUAGACAUCACUAUAGAUACAUCACUAUAGACAUUACUAUAGACAUCACUAUAGACACAUCACUAUAGACACAUCACUAUAGACAUCACUAUAGACAUCACUAUAGACAUCGCUAUAGACACAUCACUAUAGACAUCACUAUAGACAUCACUAUAGACAUCACUAUAGACAUCACUAUAGACAUUACUAUAGACAUCACUAUAUACAUUACUAUGGACAUCACUAUAGACACAUCACUAUAGACACAUCACUAUAGGCAUCACUAUAGACACAUCACUAUAGACACAUCACUAUAGACACAUCACUAUAGACACAUCACUAUAGACACAUCACUAUAGACGUCAGUGGAGACAUCCGUUGAUGGUGCCACGGCUUAAUAUCGCACAGGACUUGCAAUCCAGAGGCCACCCUUUGAACGCGAUCUCCAGGCGCGGCAGCUGCAACGACGUUGCAAGUUUCUGAAAUCCCCUUCCCCGCCUCUGUCCACCCAGCAGUAACCGAUGGGUCGGUUGUGGUAGGGUAAAGUGUGAGCAGCACUCCUGCCAAUGUCGAGGCGGUCUGGCCUGCGUGGAAGAGAAGACCAAGUGACCCUCUUAAUUGGAGCACUGGCUCUUCUUGCCAGCAGUGUGACGUGAGCAGGCAGUUGCGGGGCUGCGCCUUUAUCUGUAGGCAACGACCCGAUUACGGUCAAAUCGCGAUGUGUGCAGCCCGGUGUCACGUGCGCUGUUUAGCACCACGCGAAUGUCACUGUGGCAGAGGCUGGGUGUGCACUACCCCCCAUACCGCAGAGGGUACCUUGAACAGGGUUGGGCUGUGGGAGUAUCCUGCCCCUGUACGUAUCCAAGGCACGUGGCACCCGAAGUGGCGAGCGGUGACCGUCCACUGCACGUGCUCGCCGUCUCGUCCUCUGCGUACGGGGGGGGGACGUCGGUCACGUGGCGGUCGAGGCUGUUCCCUGUGGACGUCACCGUCCGCGGGCAGAAUCGCCGUCGGUCACGGCGUGCGCCUCGGUGCGGAGUCGCGCGCCCUCGACGCGCGCAACAUUCUAACGGCUGCUUCAUUGAGUUCGACGUCAAUAUAGAGAGAAUUUGGGGAAAUCUUUGUUUUUGGGCCGGAGGAAGAAUCCGAUGAGCUAAGAAGCUAUUUUAUUGUUUGUUACGUGCAUCCAGUAUGGGGCGGGUCAGCGAGUUACAGAACGGUAAAACAAUGGUAAGCAAGUCACUCAAUAUAAAUAAGUAAUACAUGGUUUCAUUGCGGUAGUGGUAUCGAUGGAAUUGUGACUUCGAUUCAUUAAAAAUACAUAUAUUUUUUUCUUAAAUAUAUCGAAAAAGAAUGCAGGUGCAUUGUAGCGCCUCUAGUGGCUGCAGGGUUCACGCAAACAAUUAUUACGCGCAAGGGAUACGCAGGGUGGCCCAAAAGUUAGGACACAUAGGGUUAUUAUAUUUAUUGAAACAAAACUACCUAGGGUUAUUUAAUUUAUUGUAACACAUGUUCAAACCGACUUCCAUUAACAUUAAUGCACCAUGCAUAAAUUCACGUUUGAAAUUCAUUCAGGAUACUUAUUUUUUAAAAGAUUACAACGUGUAAUCUUUGAGCAUUCAUCAAUUCUGUUUUGUCUCAAUUCAUUCAGGUUUCUUGGUUCAGUUUUGUAAAUGUCAUCUGAAAAGUAGGAACAAAAAUGGAUAUUAAUAGUGCCAAAAUAUUAAAUAUUAGCUUAAAGAAGAGACAAUUGAAACGUUUUAAUGCUAGCGUUAAAAUAAAUUAGAUAACCCUAUGUGUCCUGACUUUUGGGCCACCCCGUAUUAAAACGCGCCUCGAGAAUGAUCGAUUCAUGUGGUGGAUCGAUUAAUCUUAAGUGCGUUAUAUACACGGUCCAUGGGGUCUAUGUGCACAACUUAUUCAGCCGAAAUGUUUACGAUUUUCUUUUUUAUUUCAUCAUCAUCAGCAGAAUUUCUGUCAAUAGCUUUGCAUAUUUUGAUGAGAAUCUGGAGACUCGAAAAAUAACAACAAUAAUAUUGUUAUUAUUGUUUUAAUAUUGGAAAAUUUCAAAUCGUUACAUGAAUGGGGAAUUUUAACAAAAACACACAUGUAGGUCGUUUUUUGACCUCAAAAGUUUCGAGAAUGUUUUUUAAUAUUCCGCGUGUGUCUGUACUGGGGGAGACAAAAACGGCCGGGCGUGGUACUGGCUACACCACCCCUCCAUCUGCCGUGCUGGACCUUAAUAGGUGCUCGCUAACAGGCACUUGCCUCAACAGGCUGUUAAACGCUAUGUUGGGGGAGGGUGGGAAAUCUGUGUCUUUGAAGCACCGCGCUAUGAACCGGGCCACCUGAGUUCGAUUCCCGCCCAUGACGACGGUGUGUUGUACGUACAUGCUUGCGGUGUGUUAACAUCUCCACUGGGGAGACAAAGGCGGCUGGGCGUGGUGCUGGCUACGCCACCCUCGUCCGCACAAGCCCCGUGCCCUCGUGUGCCGUACUGGUGUCACGUGGUAGAUCUUCCCCGUCCCGGCCUUAAUGGGUGCUCGCUAACGGCACUUGCCCCAACAGUCUAAAAGGCUACCCGGGGUAUCUUUGUUUAGUGUGUGUGUGUGUGUGUAGCGGUGUUGUGGUGGUUCUCUUGCUGCACUGCAAACUCGAAAACCAGGGUUCGAUUCCUGGCCACGCAAAUACUCCAAACGUAGCCCGUGCCUCUGCUGGGUCUACUCAGCCUAAACAUGAGCAGUGGCCAAUAUCAGCACAGGGAAGACAAAAGCGGCCAGGCAUGCAUGGUCCUGGCCACACCAUCCCCUUCAGAAACGUGACCGUGGCCGGCCUUAAUGGGUGCUCGCAAACAGCACUUGCCCCAAUAGUCUAAAAGACUACCUUGGGUGUCUUUGUAAUACGCAGGCUACAAUGCAUACUAUACAAUGCAGAUAAGCCGAUUGCUUUAUGUAGCUGCAUAUAAAUUGUAUUAAUAAGGUGACGUUUUGGGGCGAUAACCCUUCUCCACGUUUUUUUCCUUUUCAGCCUCAGCUUCAAGAGCACUGCCCCACGCAGUUCCUGAAAUUUUAUACUGUAUUUAUCACAGUAAUGUGUACAAACGUGUAUAUACUGUACAUAAAACAAUACAAAGGGGGACGGAGGGGGGGGCAUUUUGUAAAGACUCUACCUUGCAAGGGAGGUCAUGGAACCCGAGGACCUCUCUGCGUCUUGAAAUAAAAGGACGCGUGUUGAUA